CGGGAGAAAUCGCACAAACCGAACCUCGUCUUGGUCCUGGUCCUGGUCCAGCUCCUUCCUUUGCCCCCAAUCGAAUCGAAGGCUCUCGAGACCUAGCGCGAUGUCCGCCAUGGAGACCGACAUCAACGCGCCGCCGCCGCCCGCCCCCGCCGGCGAGGGCUCCUCCGCGGCCGGCCCGUCCUCCUCGUCCUCCCGCAAGCCCAACAAGCGCUUCGAGAUCAAGAAGUGGAACGCCGUUGCGCUGUGGGCAUGGGAUAUCGUCGUCGACAACUGCGCCAUCUGCCGCAACCACAUCAUGGAUCUAUGCAUCGAGUGCCAGGCGAACCAGGCCAGCGCCACGAGCGAGGAGUGCACCGUCGCUUGGGGUGUCUGUAAUCAUGCUUUUCACUUCCACUGCAUCAGCAGGUGGCUUAAGACUCGCCAAGUGUGCCCAUUAGAUAACAGUGAGUGGGAGUUCCAGAAAUAUGGCCACUAAGGCCUGGGCUACCCUUGUGUGCUGUUGGAGCUUGUUUCUGGCUACUGCUGCUGCAACUCAAGUGUUUUUGUCUGCCAAACAGCUCCAUCUUUUGCUGCUUUCAAUGCUUGCAUCUACCGCCCCCUCAAUUAUCGCUGGUAGUACGUCCAUUCUGGGAUUGUAUUUGGAUGAUUCAUAGAGAGGACAUCAUAUAGUAGGUCCUUUUUAUCAAUGUUAUGUGAAUCUGCAUAAGUGAUCUUGAAUUGUGCUGUGGUACCAUUUUAAAAGUCGAUUGCUUUUAAUUGCUUCUA